AUCCUUAUUCUAUCCUUCUCCGACUCCGCAACCUCCGCUCCGCACCAUCAACACAACACGACACGACUACACCACCACCACCAUCACCAUCACCAUUACCACGCAUCCAUCCUAGAAGAAAAAGAGAAACGAAAUGGAGCGACCCUCCCAACACCUCAAACCCCCGUCCACCCAUCCCCACGCCCACUCCCAACACCGCACCUCCACAACCUCCUCCCCCCGAGCCCCAGUAACCGCCCACCCAACUGCCACAAUCGCAGACACAACCGUCUUCCAAGGAACCCACCCCAUCGCCAUCGGCGCAGAAACAGUCAUCCACCCUCGCUCCCGCAUAUACUCCUUUGACGGCCCUGUGCUCAUCGGCGAGGGAUGCAUAGUCAGUGAGAAGAGCACGAUUGGUGCGGCGCCGGUGGCUUCGCCGGUUUCUUCGCCUACGAUUGGAACUCCAGCAGGAGGGAGGGAGGGGGUUCCUACGCGUAUCUCGCAUAGUGUGACUGUGGCUCCGCUAGCGACUAUUCUCCCUGGCGCACAUAUUCACUCCUCCGUGUGCAUUGAUAGUCUAGCGACCGUCGACCGCCGCGCGAAUAUCGGUGCGCACUCAAAGGUCUGCGCUACGUGCCAUGUUCCCGCCAAAGCUGUGAUUAGGGAUUGGACGGUUGUUUGGGGGUCUGGGGCUGGUUUUGGACAGAGGAGGAAGAGAGCUACGAAGGCUGCUACGAACACGGGCUUGGGGACUGCGGUGCCGCAAGGGCAGGUGUUGGAGGGGAAGGUGAUUGAGGAUGCGAGGUUGGUAGUUUUGAAAAAGGAGAGGGAAGCGUUAAUUAGGUUAAUUGGGGCUCCGACGGCUGGAUCGAGGAGGAGGUAAUGCUCUUUUGGAGAGCUGCUUGAUUUAUGAUACCAUUUUCUAUGUCUUUCUGUUCAUAUACCCUGUCAUAGCAUGAGAGAAUAAUGCAUCUAGAUGAGCCCACUGAAGGAUUCAAGUAUACUACAACCAA